GAAACGAAACCGGUAGACUGAGCAGAGAAAGCGGGGCAAAAGUUCAUUUUCCCUCCAGCAGAGAAGAGCUUUGUUGUUGAUCCCGCCCAUGUUUUUGUGACCACUGACCAUGAGUAUCAGCGGAGAGAGUUUAGAGGAGGGAACCUGCCUCUCUGUGGAGAAUGACGAGGGUGGUGCCGUUUGCUCAGAGACCAAGAGAGCAGCACCUCCACUUCCUAGCUGUGUGUCCAUGAAGAGUGACCACUCCAUGUUUGAGCCUCCUGCUUUCAGUGAUAGUAGACAGCUCCCUAGGUUUGAGAACCAACGAAUAACAUCUCUGGUUCCUAGCUGUAUGUCUAUGAAGAGUGACCACUCCAUGUUUGAGCCUCCUGCUUUCAGUGAUGGUAGACAGCUCCCUAGACUGGAGAACCAACAAACAGCAGCUGCGGUACCAAGCUGUGUGUCUGUGAAGAGUAACCACUCAAUGUUUGAGCCUCCGGCUUUUGGUGAUAAAGCAAAGCGACUGAGGUUAGAGACAAAACAGAAGAAAACAGCAUCUUCAGAACUCAGCUGUAUGUCUGUGAAGAGCAGCCACUCUAUGUUUGAGCCUCCUGCUUUCAGUAGUGGACCAAAACAUUUCACGUAUGGACUCUGUGGUCAGAUUCUUAAAGAUCCAGCCUCUAGCAGCUGUGGGCACUCUUUCUGCACCCAGUGUAUCAGCAGAUAUUGGGACCAGUCAGGUUCAUCAGGAAACUCUAAUUAUCCUCAGUGUACAAAGAGUUCUGGAGCACAACCUUCUUUACAGCCAUCCAAAAAUGUAGAUUCCAUGGAGCAUAAACAACCAGAUGAAGAUAUUCUGCAGAAGGUCUUGAGGAAUCAUAAAGCCAGUAUGAAGAGCAAAUACGAGUGCUUAUUUGAGGGAAUCCCCACGCACCACAACAGGACCCUCUUGAACAACAUUUAUACACAGCUCUACAUCAUAGAGGGAGAGAGUGAAGGGGUGAAUGAAGAACAUGAAGUCUUGCAGGUUCAGAACAUGUUCCAGGGUUGCAACAAAGGCAUCCCAGUCAACUACAGUGACAUCUUCAGUCCUUUACCAGAACAAAAUCUUGAGGAAGAGCAUGAAAGAAAUGGACUAGAAGAGAGAAAAUUCAAAACAGUGCUCACUAAAGGCAUUGCUGGCAUUGGAAAAACUGUCUCGGUGCAAAAGUUCGUUCUUGACUGGGCUGAAGGAAAAGCCAAUCAAGAUGUAGAUUUCAUGUUUAUGAUUCCGUUCCGAGAGCUGAACUUGAUCAAGGAUGACCAGUACAGUCUUCAUGGACUUCUUUGUGUUUUCCAUCCCGAGCUUAAAGGACUUGAUCCAAAGGGGUAUGAUGUGUGCAAAAUCAUGUUCAUUUUAGAUGGCCUGGAUGAAAGCAGAAUUUCACUCAACAUCACUGCAUCAUCACAGAGUAAGACCAUUUCUGAUGUGACCAAGAACUCAUCAGUUGAUGUGUUGAUGACAAACAUAAUCAAAGGAGAGCUGCUUCCAUCUGCUCUCAUUUGGAUCACCUCCCGCCCAGCGGCAGCCAGUCAGAUUCCCUCCCGGUAUGUCAGCCGUGUGACGGAAAUUCAGGGGUUCAAUGACCCUCAGAAAGAAGAGUACUUCAAAAAGAGGAUCAGUGAUCCAGAUCAGGCAAGCAGAGUCUUCUCACAGAUUAAAAAAGCAAAGACUCUGUACAUAAUGUGCCACAUACCAAUCUUCUGUUGGAUUUCAUCCAUAGUGAUCCAGCAGAUCCUGGAACAAGAUACUUGUGGAGAAAUUCCAACAACUCUGACUGAAAUGUACAUACAUUUCAUGCUAAUACAGACAAAAACAAAGAACUUGAAGUAUCAUGUAAAAGAUGAUGAGAGAGAUCUGAAGAAACGGGAAAAAGAGAUGAUCCUAAAAAUUGCUGAACUGGCCUUCAAACAGCUGAUCAAGGGCAAUAUCCUGUUCUAUGUAGAAGAUCUGAGAGAAUGUGGCAUUGAUGUCACUGAAGCGUCUGUGUACUCUGGAGUUUGCACUGAAAUCUUCAAGGAGGAGUCUGUGCUGUAUCAGAAGAAGGUCUUCUGCUUUGUGCAUUUGAGCUUUCAGGAGUUUUUUGCUGCUGUUUUUGGAUUUCAUGCCUGUGUGGAAAGGGAAGCUGAGGUAGUGAAGAUGUUCCAGAGUCGUUCAAAAUCGAAUGGAGGAUUUGUGGAUCAGUUUAUGAUGUCUGCAAUAGAUAAAGCUUUGACAAGUAGAACUGGACACCUGGAUCUCUUCCUCCGCUUCCUAUAUGGAAUCUCGCGGGAGUCCAAUUGGAAACUCCUCUAUCACAUAGUGCCUCCCAAAUGCAGAAUCUCAGAGGACUUUGAGGAUACCAUUCAACGUGUCCGACAGAAGCAUCCAAAGAAUGUCAGCCCUGAGAGAUGGAUCAAUUUCUUGCACUGCUUUAUCGAAAUGAAGGACAACUCUUUUCAAAGAGAAGUCCAGACUUUGUUGAACGCUAAGAGGAAGCUCACCGGAUGGGAUUGCACAAGAAUAGCUUACUCACUACAGAUGUCCGAGGAAGUACUGGACGAGUUUGACCCAAAGAAAUACAAAACAUCAGAUGAAGGUCGUAGGAGACUGAUCCCAGUUGUGAGGAACUGCAGAAAGGCUUUACUGGCAAAUUUUAAACUCACAAAGCAGCACUGUGAAAUAGUUGUCUCAGCUCUGCAGUCAGCAAACUCGGUCUUGACAGAGCUGGAUCUGAGUUACAAUGACAUCCAGGAUUCAGGAGUGAAGCAGCUCUGUGAGUGUCUGAAGAAUCCACACUGUAAACUGGAGACACUAAGGUUGGUGAUGUGCAAUCUCACUAAGAAAACCUGUGAAUAUGUAGCAUCAGCUCUGCAGUCUCCAAAUUCAGGCCUAAAAGAGCUAGACCUGAGUCAGAAUGAUCUGGAGGACUCCGGAGUCAGACUGCUUUCUGGUGGACUAAAAAGUUCUGACUGUCAGCUGGAGAUAUUAAGGUUGUCUGGUUGUUUGGUCUCAGAGGAAGGUUGUGCUUCUCUGGCUUCAGCUCUGAGUUCAAACCCAUCUCACCUCAGAGAGCUGGAUCUGAGUUACAACCACCCAAGGGAGUCAGGAAUGAAGCUGCUCGGGGCUAAAGUGGACGACCCAAGCUAUAAACUGGACACAGUGAACUUUAACUAUGGAGGGGUGUACACAAUGAAAGCAGGAGUACGAAAAUAUGCCUGCGAGCUCUCUGUGGAUCUAAAUACAGUAAACACUGAACUGGUCCUGAGCGAGAACAACAGAAAGGUGACGUAUGUGUGGGAAGAGGAGAAGCAGCAGUCCUAUCCAGAUCAUCCAGAGAGAUUUCAGUGCCCUCAGCUGCUGUGCAGAGAGAGUCUGUCUGGACGCUGUUACUGGGAGGCUGAGUGGAGUGGCCGUAGAGCUGGUAUAGCAGUAGCUUACAAAGGAACCACCAGGAAAUUUGAGUGUGGUUCUGUAGAAUUUGGAAGUAAUGAACAUUCCUGGGGCCUGUUUGGCUAUAAUUACAAAAAGAAAUACUCUGUCAACCACAAACACAAGAAAACCUUCAUACCUGCCCCUCGCUCUUGCAGCAACAGAGUAGGUGUGUAUCUGGACUGGCCGGCUGGCAUGUUGUCCUUCUAUAGUGUUCUCUCUGACGGAAGCACACUGAGCCAUCUACACACUGUCCAGUGUAGGUUCACUGAGCCCCUUUACGCAGGCAUUUUUGUUUAUGACGCUUCAUUAUCUUUGUGUCAUUUAUAAAGACCCGUGCUCGGUAUAAUGCAAUGGGUAACACCACUGUCCUUCACGCGAGACACGAGUUUCAUACCCCGUACUGGCAAGAACACCGUGCUUUAAACAACUGGAGUCCCUCGUGAGAAUCCUGACACUACAUUUGUUUACCUCUAUCUGGACCACAAAAGACAAGUAGGGUUUUUUCAAGGGCUUAUUCUAAAGACAAGCGUAUCCACAUUCAGAAUCACUCCUUAAUGAAAAAAGUCCAUAACGACAUUUACAAAAAUGUGCUGAAUUGCAUAAAUGUAUUUAAUUGGUACAGUUGACCCUCAAAUAUUGAGACACAGACACUUUCAGUCCUUUAAGCUCUUCUGGCUCAGGAGAGGGAGAAAGGGAGAGAAAGAGAUUUUAACCUGUUCAGUUUAAACAAACAUUACCUGAAGGGUUUAAUUUCUUAUUCCGGAAAAAAAAUCACAGGAUAAGAAAAUGCCACUUAAUCGUUGUUACUAUCUAAUUAUUCGUUCAUUCAGCUACUGUUGUGUGCAAAUUCCUAAAGAUGUUUUAUGCUUGCGUCAUACAGCACGAAACAAAAGUCUCGCUCGGUGUGUGUGGCAUAUAAUCAGGCAUUCAAAUCUUUUAAAAGCUUUUAAAAGUUGACAGCUGCAGUCCUAAUAGUUCAGAGAUGUUGAGUGGUCGAUACUCACUGUGAAACGUGACUUUCAUUCCUGCUGUCAGCAAUUAGUAUAAAAUUCUGUUUCCAUCACAGUAUCUGUCUUACUGAUGAGCCAACUUGUUCACCUCAUCCAAGCAUAAAAACAUUUUUACUUUGCAAUAUUUUUUUUAAACUGAGAAAGGUAUACAGCUUUUUCAUGCAUAUUUUAAAAAUUUGCAUAAAAGAGGUGGAUGGAAAUCAGACAACUUUCUCAGCUUUUUCCGGACAUGCUCACUCAUAUCAGUCAGUUUUAUAAUUCCUCUCUCUCCCUCUCAAAUUGGGGAGCAAACAGCAGGUAAUAGGAAAGAUCACUUGUUCUUCAUCGUAGCCUUGAAGCAUGAGUUUUCUUGGUUGAAACGGGUCUCCUCUGCCAUAUACACUAUGGCCACAAGUAUGUGGACAUUCCUCCCACCUGUUGAGUUCAAGUGUUACAGCUACACCCUCUGCUAACAGGUGGAUCAAAAUAAGCACGUAGCCUUGCAGUCUCCAUAGACAAACGCUGGCAGCAGAAUGGGUCGUACUGAAGAGCUCAGUGACUUGAAAUGUAGACCGUCAUAAGAUGCCACCAUUUUCACAAGUCAUUUUAUGAAAUUUCAAGUCCUAUUUUUAUGAAACGGAGCCUUCUAGGAGUAACAACAGCUCCGCCACAAAGCGAUAGACCACACAAACUCACAGAACAGGGGUGCAGAUGUUCUCUGGAGUGAUGAAUCAUGCUGGAUGAAUCUGGGUUUGGUGGACACCAGAAAAGGGGCUUUUGUCGCUGCAAUGGAGUAACUCAAUACUGAUGCCCAUGGCAUCACUUGUCCGUAUACUAUUGGCUGCAUAGUGUAUGUCAGCAUUAGGCCUUGGAUUGGCUCGUUUCAGAACUUUAUAUGGCUCUUCACCAGGUUCUGGAGGUUUCAAAAUCCUGAUUGAUGAGCUGAGCUCCUACUACUGAAGUGUGAAGCCUUCAGAUCUGAUGAAGAUAUAAACUUGUUCACUGUUUUGUUCUUGUUUUGUUCACUUCUCUUAACACACAUUCAUUUGUUUAAUACUUUGCUGGCCUGUUUGUUAAUUUUACUUUUCGUAUCUAGUAAAUACUUUUUUUUUUCCCUUCCUAAAGUCUUAAAGUGCUGCUGUAAACUUGUGCGAAACCUGCUGCGUCUAUAUAUUUCUCUGUUGGAGAUGGAUCAGUUCUCAAGAUGCCCUUAUUAAUGGCCAGGGCUGUGUAUUGUUGAAAAGAAGGAACAUUUCCAGUGCCUAUUCCUUCGUUCAUCAUCUGUCUAAAUUUCUGUAGUGUUCUAAACAUUAUUCUGAUUAUUUUGAUACUCCGCUCUGUCUGUGGCAGUUAACAGUUGUCUUAAUGACGCAUAUAAUUCGGAAAUUGAACACCGUAAAAGCGAUGAUGUUUGCACACUAAUGUUGAGACAAUGCUGUAAUAGGUGUAACGAAAAAGGAAUUAACAAUAAAUUAAUAAAGAAUUUAAGAAGUA